AUCACGUGAUUCACAGAAAUUUUAUGGGUGGGUGGGUGUCCUAUGGUUGGAACUUGGAAAAGGUAACUUGAAGUAUUUUUAAAGGUUUGUAAUUUGUAAUUAAAUUAGAAGUAUAAUGUUCAGUUGUAUAUUAUUAUUGUAUGUGUACUCAGUGUAGUCGUACAGUGACAAAAACCCAAGAAUUGAAUAUAAAUAAUAUAUUUAUUAAUUUAAAGAAAUUAUCGAUAAAAGACGUUAGUGAUAAUAGUAGGUUAUUAUUAUAUAAAAUAGUUGUUACUUGGAUGUUAUCUAAUAUGGUUAAUAAUUUUAUUGUUUAUAAUGUAUAUGUCAUAGUAUAUUAUACGGGUAUUGGGGAACGUACGGAUAUUUAUAAAUAGUCUGAAUAUUUUUAUAAUUUUCCGAUAUCUGCUUGGUAUUUUGAUAGUCCACUUCGUGUUCAUUGGCGGAUCAGAAAAUACGAGUGAAUGUGUUGGAUUCUUAUUUAGUUAUUUGUUGUAUCUUGUAUGUCUACCGGCAGGCACUAAGCUAGGCAGCGUGAUUUAUGAAUCGUAAUCCGCAGAACUGUACUUGUUUUAAGAUUUUUGAAGUUCAUCAUUUUACCCACGUUACCCAUAUUAUACUUUUACAUUUUAAAAUAUAUACUAUGGAUGAAACAAAAUGUGCGUGUGGUAAGAUUAAGACGUCAAUGAACUUGACAAACUGGAACAGGCAUUUAAAUGCUUGUAAAUUGAAAAACCUUAAAAAUAGCGCUAGAAAAACGAAAGAUAUCAAAUCUUUUUUUUCACCUCAUUUAAGAGGAUCUACAUGCCCAGAGAAUAAUGAAUCUGUUGAUGCAUCAAAUGUAGAAUGUAUUUCAAUAAAUGAUUUUACUCGGUCUGCUGGAGGAUCUACAUACCCAGAGAAUAAUGAAUCUGUUGAUGCAUCAAAUGUAGAAUGUAUUUCAAUAAAUGAUUUUACUCGGUCUGCUGGAGGAUCUACAUGCCCAGAGAAUAAUGAAUCUGUUGAUGCAUCAAAUGUAGAAUGUAUUUCGAUAAAUGAUUUUACUCAGUCUGCUGGAGGAUCUACAUGCCCAGAGAAUAAUGAAUCUGUUGAUGCAUCAAAUGUAGAAUGUAUUUCAAUAAAUGAUUUUACUCGGUCUGCUGGAGGAUCUACAUACCCAGAGAAUAAUGAAUCUGUUGAUGCAUCAAAUGUAGAAUGUAUUUCAAUACAUAUUUCAAAACACAUUAGGUUCCAUUCAAAAAUUCCUUGCACAGCGUCUGGAACACCUUGCAGUUACCUUAAACUAGAGAUACAACAAAAAAAAAUAAAUAUUAAAAUGCAUACAUUUACAUAUUCUAUAAAUUGAGCAAAUAUCGGUAAUCUAACAACAAUCCUUUCCAAAAAAUGUCACUGCUGGAUGACUUAUUUUGUCUGUCGACUAUGUUUUGUAUUCUCUAUUCAGAAAUAGACUUAUUGUUUAUUUGUUAUAGAUUGUAUACAGGUAUUAUAAGUGUGCACAUUAUUUGUCGAUUAUCUGUUAUGUAUAUUAUAA